GCAUUAGCGGGCACUUCAGUUCCCAGGUCAACCGGGAUCCUCGGGCGGAAGUGGUGUGACCGGCCGUCCUGGGAGGCUGAGUUGGGGUCCCGGGAUCUGCACGGAGGAGCCUGCCGCGGGCACGCGCCCAACCCCUCCACGUUCUGCGUCGGGGUCGCCAUGAAGGACUCGCUGGUGCUGCUGGGCCGUGUCCCGGCGCACCCCGACUCGCGGUGCUGGUUCCUGGCCUGGAACCCCACGGGAACCCUGCUAGCCUCGUGCGGGGGUGACCGUAAAGUCCGCAUUUGGGGCACCGAGGGUGGCAACUGGAUCUGCAAAUCUGUCCUUUCUGAAGGCCACCAGCGCACUGUGCGGAAGGUGGCCUGGUCUCCCUGCGGCCAUUACCUGGCCUCUGCCAGUUUUGAUGCUACCACUUGUAUUUGGAAGAAGAAUCAGGAUGACUUUGAGUGUGUGACCACUCUGGAAGGCCAUGAAAAUGAGGUCAAGUCAGUAGCCUGGGCCCCAUCUGGCAACCUCCUUGCUACCUGCAGCCGAGAUAAGAGCGUGUGGGUCUGGGAAGUUGAUGAAGAAGAUGAGUAUGAAUGUGUCAGUGUCCUCAAUUCCCAUACGCAGGAUGUCAAGCAUGUGGUCUGGCACCCAAGCCAGGAGCUAUUAGCCUCUGCCAGCUAUGACGACACGGUGAAGCUAUACCGAGAGGAAGAGGAUGACUGGGUAUGCUGUGCCACCCUUGAGGGUCAUGAAUCCACAGUGUGGAGCUUGGCCUUUGACCCCAGCGGCCAGCGUCUGGCAUCUUGCAGUGAUGACCGUACCGUGCGCAUCUGGUGCCAGUACCUGCCAGGCAAUGAGCAAGGUGUGGCGUGCAGCGGCUCUGACCCCAGCUGGAAAUGUGUCUGCACUUUGUCAGGCUUCCACUCCAGGACCAUCUACGACAUUGCUUGGUGUUCGCUGACAGGGGCCCUGGCUACAGCUUGUGGGGACGAUGCCAUUCGCGUGUUUGAGGAGGACCCUGGCUCAGACCCACAGCAGCCCACCUUCUCCCUGACAGCGCACUUGCCCCAGGCCCACUCACAGGAUGUCAACUGUGUAGCCUGGAACCCCAAGGAGCCCGGGCUUCUGGCCUCCUGCAGCGAUGAUGGGGAGGUGGCCUUCUGGAAGUAUCAACGGCUCGAAGGCCUCUGAACCACCUUGACUUUCUCAGAAUCAUGGUUCCCCCCAAAAUGUCAUAAGACUUUUCUAGCUCAAGAAGACCCGGAAGAGCAGCCUGGCCUGCCUUUAACUUGGCUGUCCCGGUCAGACCUGGGUAGACGUGCGCUCGGAGCCUUAGGACCACUCCUUCCCAUGUUGGCGUGGGCCCUGGAAGAACUGCAGAAGGAGAGUACUUGUAGUUAUGCCACGGGUUUUGCUUCCAGUCAGGACACAGUGCUAAAGUUUGUGGAGUGAAUGUACUAAUAAUCACCAUGUUGAUAUAUCGGAGGCAUGUACCUCAGACCUUUCUGAAAUUGUAAGCCUUACAGAAAUAAUCCAUCUGAGUCCCAAGUCUUAUUUAUAUUAUUAGAACAUUCGCAAUGUAAAACAUUUCCACGCUGAGUUACUUUCUGAAAUAGGUCCUGCCUUCCUGCUUUCUCCUGAAGUCCUUGCAUUUAAGACAUUCCCUCAGUAGUGAAGAUUUUCUAGUGUAGGCUAAAGUAAGACACCUCUGCUUUCCCUUAGGAACCUUUGUGCAUCUUCUAUUGCUUGCGGAAUGCCAAAAAGGGAAGGGUGUGAACUCUAAAACUUGCACCAUAGGCCAUGCAUUCUCAAUGGGGCUGUAAAUUGGCUCUUUAGUGAAGGACAGAAAAAUCAUAGAGACAAUGAUUUGUGGCCCUCUAAAGGACUAGUACACAAUAUACAAUGUAUGGUAUUCAGUUUUCAUGGUGAGGGCAAGUAGGAAACAGAUGUCUGAUAGAGCUCUGGUCGGUUGCUCAGUGGUUAGAGUGCUCACCUGUAGACCGCGGACAUGGUAGUUCGUGGGGUCUGAAGGGUUGGCAACGGCUGGACCAAAGAGUCCCAGGUUCUGUUCCCAGUCAAGGGCACAUACUUUGGUUACAAGUUCUCCAGCCUUGGUAAGAGCACAUAUGGGAGAUGAAUCAAUGUCUCACAUUAAUGUUUCUCUCCCCUUCUCCCUCCUCUACACUCUAGAAAUCGAUGGAAAAAAUAUCCUUGGGUGAGGAUUU